AUGGCUUAUACAUUUAUCAUCGUCUGGCUUCUGUGGCCUUACUGUGCCUUCGCCAAUGUGGAGAAGGUCAUUUUCCUUGCUCCUGCGGCUGGCAAUCUACCCCAAGAUGCGAGUAUUGACAAUCUGUUGCUGACACGCCUGUCGGAACAAUAUCCAAGUGUUAGAACUCACAUCAAUGCGAGCUUCCCAAGCACAGACUUCCCAAAGGGAAUUGAGAGCUGGUUCUUACUCGAAGGUCUGCGCCCCGGAAGACGGUAUGAGCUUCGAAUAUGUUGGUUGGCAACUCAACCAACAUCCUUCUGGCUCUAUACGCAUUCUCUGGAUCAUACCUUUGCAACGCCCAACCUCCUGGCCUCACUGAGUGACUACGCUUAUGCACGGCAUGCACAGCUUGGCUCCGAAGAUAGUCGGAGCCUCCUGCAACGGAAAGCCGAGGCCAGUACAAGCGAUGUCGGGUCAACUUUCUUGUUCCUCCAGGUGCUCGCUGCUGCAGACUAUUUCAGCCUAAACCAGACACUCAUGGAGGUCGUGCCUCCCGUGGCCGUCGACAUAAUCUUGGACCCAUACGUCCUCAACUGGGCGCAUGGUUCCUUUCAACCUGGAUUCCAAAGCUCUUGGCCAGCCCUGUAA